AUGGCAGCCGACGAGUUGAAGAGGCCGUUGUCAGUCAGAUUUGUUGCUGAAGGCGUGACAGCAGAAGGCAUAGUGAAGGCUUUAUUUAAGCAACUGCCGGAAGAGUACAUCAUGUGCGUAUGUCCAACGAUAGCAGAAACGUGGCAGAUUACCUUGCUGAAUGAAGAAGCCAAAGAAAGGUUGGUACUGACAGACCUGAUAGUGAAUAAUGUUCGAUUGGAAGUAUUGCCACAACAAGAUCCACCAGCUUUUGUCUCAGUCAAAAUGCCCUUUGAAAUGGCAGAUAAUGUCAUUAUCUCAAGAAUUGCAGAAAAUGAAAUGCAGCAAGAAAACAAGGAAGAAGAGAAUGUGAAAGUACAGGAAAAUCAAACAGCAACAGAAAUGGAACAAUCAGAACAGAAUCCUGAAAGUACGAAAGACACCGUGGAACCUCUACAAGAGAUGACAGGCUCAACAAUGGAAACCACCAGUCAAUCACAACCAGAAACAGACAACCAAAGCGUAAGGGACAAAUCAGUAACAAACACGUUGCCAGGAACAAAACAGUGUGCAAAAUCCAAUCGAACAGACAGCACGGCAGAUCACAAACAACAGUCUAAAGCUGGUCUGAGAUUGAAAGGUGGACCUUCACCAUAUGUAGUAUUUCCGAGUACGGAGACACUGGAUGUUGAUGAAGAUGACUACACACCUACAAGAGAAAAACAGUUGCUCAUUGCUUUGAGCAAUUGUCGCUACACUUCUAUCCAAGUGCUGCCAAAAGUUGUGGAGAUCUUUAAAAGUCAUGGAUAUGCUGAAUACUCUAUUGUUGCAGAGACUGCUCGAAGCUUUCUUGAAGAAUUGGAUACGAAGAUCAACACUGUGUAUGUUGAGAGCAAGGAACUGCCAAUUGUUGGUGCAGUGGAGCCAGGAAUGACCGCAGGUGAAUGGGACUGGGAGGAAUGCCCUGCUCCUACAGAAGUGAGAGGAUACGUGAAAGAGACACUACUGAAGCUGGUAAAGGUUCAUGCAGAGGUCUACUCAGUGAUUCCUCCUUUUGUUGGACGCAUUCUUUCACAUAUCGUUGAGGCUGUUAUAGCAGAGAUUACUCGAGUGUUACAAUGUUCAUCUGGUUUCAGUGAAAAUGGAACAGUUCAGGCUCGGCUUGAGUUGACUGCCAUCGAGAAAGCAUUGUCCAAAUGUCUAUCAUCUCGUGCGAGAGUUCAUAUCGGAGAAGCGUUUAGUUUUCUUCCACACCUCAACAACUCAGAGAAAAUAAAGAUCAUGGACUUGCAGGUCAAGGCUUUCUUACAGAGGAUGAAGUUCCAACUUGCAUGUUUUUCGGGAGUGACCGUGACAGAACCGAGAUAAUAAUGUUGUUGUACAUGGUAGGUCUACCGUCUACAUCAGGGUUAUUAGCACGUAAAAGGUUAGUGACAUCUAUUCGUUUUGUAUGUAGUUAGUGUAUAUGUACUUUAUAGAGAUAAUUAGAAUGGCUGUACACAAAUUACACAAACAUUAGCUUGGACGCCUACUGAUUGUACAAACUUCAG